AUGGCGGCGGAGAAAUUCCCCGGAGCCUCCAACGGGAGUAUCGGGGCUCCGGCGCACGUCGGGGUGGAGGUCCCCGAGGGCGGCAAGAGCAAGAGCAGCAUAGGCGCGUCCCGCUUGCGGGGCUGCCUGCGGGCCAACCUGCUGGUGCUGCUGACCGUGGCCGGGGUGGUGGCGGGCGUGGUGCUGGGGCUCGGGGUGCGGCAGCUGCCCGGCGGCGGGCUGAGCCGCGUGGACAUCCUGCUCUUCUCCUUCCCCGGGGAGCUUCUGCUGCGCUUGCUGAAGAUGAUCAUCUUGCCCCUGGUGGUCUGCAGCCUGGUGGCGGGCGCGGCCAGCCUGGACCCGGCUGCCUUGGGGCGCUUGGGCGGCUGGGCGAUGCUCUUCUUCCUGCUCACCACCCUGCUGGCGUCGUCCAUCGGCGUCGCCCUGGCCUUCAUCAUCAAGCCCGGAGAGGGGGCGUCGGCCCCCAAGCUCUUCGGCGACGAGGCGGCGGUGCCCGAGGCCAAGCAGGUGGUCGACUCCUUCCUCGACCUCAUCAGGAACAUCUUCCCCUCCAACUUGGUGUCAGCUGCAUUCCGAUCGUAUGCAACCAGUUAUAAACUGGUGAUAGAGAAGAAGAACGGGACAGGAGUCGGCGAGAACAUCACGUUGGGUGAAAACGUAACAGUUGGUGAAACCAUCGUGGAGAUGAAGAUCCCCACAGGCACAGAGGUGGAAGGGAUGAACAUCCUGGGCCUGGUGGUCUUCGCCAUCGUCUUUGGGAUUGCUCUGCGGAAGCUCGGGCCCGAAGGCGAGAACCUGAUCCAGUUCUUCAACUCCUUCAAUGAAGCCACAAUGGUGCUCGUCUCCUGGAUCAUGUGGUAUGCCCCCCUGGGUAUCAUGUUCCUGGUAGCUGGCAAGAUUGUGGAAAUGGAGGACGUGGUUGUCCUGUUCACCAGCCUGGGCAAGUACAUCUGCUGCUGCCUGGUGGGCCAUGCCAUCCACGGUCUCAUCGUCCUGCCGGUCAUCUACUUCAUCUUCACCCGCAAGAAUCCUUACCGGUUCCUUUGGGGCAUCUUCACUGCCCUGGCCACCGCCUUCGGCACUUCCUCCAGCUCUGCCACCCUGCCCCUGAUGAUGAAGUGUGUCGAGGAGAAGAACGGCGUCUCGAAGCACAUCAGCCGCUUCAUCCUGCCCAUCGGGGCCACGGUCAACAUGGACGGGGCUGCCCUCUUCCAGUGCGUGGCUGCCGUCUUCAUCGCCCAGCUCAACAACAUGCCUCUCAACUUCAUCCAAGUCAUCACCAUCCUAAUUACUGCGACGGCGUCCAGUGUCGGAGCUGCUGGGAUUCCUGCGGGCGGCGUCCUCACCCUCGCCAUCAUCUUGGAAGCUGUUGGGCUGCCUACCAACGACAUCUCCCUCAUUCUGGCAGUGGACUGGCUUGUGGAUCGCACCUGCACUGUCCUCAACGUGGAAGGCGACGCUUUUGGCGCUGGGCUCCUGCAGGUGUACACCGAAAGGACGGAAGGCAAGGCAGAGGCGGAGGAGCUGAUGGAGAUCAAGACGGACGCCGGCAAGGGGUUGGGGGCGGAAGAAGGCUCCCCACUGAUCAAGAGGGACGGGCCUGCCCCCUUGGAGGGCAUCAGCUCCUGCGAAAAAGAAUCCGUGAUGUAAAGCAACCUACAAAGAGGCUAGACUUCAUUUUUU